CGGCGUUUGUUUGCUCUAGUGAAGGAGGAUUUCCACGAGAGCAAACGCUCCCUCCGUACGAUAUGUAGAGCUGCCGUCUCUCUCCUUCAGCUUUUUCUUCCUUUGUGUUAAAUCAAUUUGACUCCACUACUACACAGAUUUCUUCUUUUCUUUCUGACCACACUCGUACGAUGCCGCCGAAAGCGCAACCACCCCCUCGCGGUGUUUGGGCCAACGCAAACACCAACAGUUUGCAGUUUUGCACUGACGGUGGCCCCAAUGACACUAUUAACAACGUGGCUAACCAAAUCUUCGACGCUGCCCACCAGGCUCUGACUCGUACGACGCUAGGCGCUAUACUGCCAACUUUCAACAUGCAACGAGUAUCGUGUCUAGUUUAUCUUCGAUCAGCGCGUCGCAGAUGAGCUGC